AUGGACUUAGCCGAACUUUCUUCCCGGGCUCCUUCUACUAAUCAGCGCAAGACUAAAAUUAGAGCUCUUCGCUCGCUAACUUCUACCGGAACACGGAUUUUAGCUCCCCCGCGCUUUCGGCUUUUAGUUUCUAAACUGGGUUUGACAUUUUCUACUGCUCCUCCCAAAACAGUUAAAAAAGAAGAAAUAGUUAACCAAGAAAAUCCUAACAAUUCCAUUUUUGUCUUUCGUUAUUUGGCAACCGGUAUGGGAAUAACGGUGGGUAAUUACUUACGACGAGUGCUUGUUGAUUAUCUGAGCGGAAUAGCCCCUUGUGGAGUAAAAAUUACUGAUAAAAAUGGUUCGGCUAAAAGCAAGUUUAGCACCUUAGUCGGUGUGAAAGAGGUAGUGCCAGAGUUAAUUUUGAACUUAAAGCAAAUGAUUUUAGCAGAAAAAAAAAAAAAAACGGGGAUUUUUUGCUUGGAAAUGAGUAUUGAAAAUAAAGCAAAGUCCGAAAAAAUAAUUACGGCGGGGGAUUUUGCCUCCGAGAAAGAUAUUGAAAUCAAAAAUCCUGAACUUUAUUUGGCUACUUUGGCACCUAAUUCUAGUUUAGAAAUCCAAUUAUAUUGUCAAAAAAAUUGGGGUUAUCACCGUGCCGAAGAACAAAAAAAAGAAUAUUUUGCGGAUGAAGAAGAUAUUAUUUCCUUAGACACUGAUUAUUCUCCCAUUAAAGGCGGACGAGUAAAUUUCCAAAAAAAAGCCGUGGUGGUUGGUCUAGCCAAAGAAAAAGAAGAGUUAAUUCUCACUAUUAAUACUAAUGGGGCUAUCAAACCCAAAAAAGCCCUGGGAGAAGCGUUAGAACUAUCGCAGGAAUUAUUCGCUAAGAUUGCUAAUCUAAUUAAUAAAGAAAAGAAAGAAAAAAUAAUUACGGAAAUUAAAUAA